AUGGCUAGCACCGCUCGAAACAACAAGCCCGUCGUGUUCAUCGGCGCGGCAGGCCAGAUGUGCCGCGUCGCGGUCGAACGCUUUGCCAUGGGCUGCGACGCGCCUCUGGUUCUAUCCGACAUCAACACCACCGUGCUCGAAUCCUUGGCCGCAAAGCUUCCCGAAGGUCGCGCAACCGUCGCGAAGAUCGAUCUUUUUGACCGGCCAUCUCUGGUCAAGGCGAUCCAGGGCGCCGCGCUCGUCGUCCUCGGCGCGGGUCCAUACACCCGCACCUCCGAGCCUGUGCUCACGGCAUGUCUCGAGGCCAAGGUUCCGUACCUCGACUUUGACGACGACGUUGAGAGCACGCAGGCGGCUCUCGGACUGUUUGAGAAGGCCAAGCAAGCAGGUGUCCCGUGUUACAUCGGUUGCGGUGCUUCGCCGGGCAUGAGCAAUGUCAUGGCAGUCGACGUAAGCAGGGAUUUGGACACCGUCGAUGCUCUCGAUUUGUGCUGGCUCGUUGGCGAUGAGCGACCCGAGGUCGGCAAAGCCGUUCUUGAGCAUUUGCUGCACAUUGCAUCGGGACCGUGUCUCACCUGGGCCAACGGGAAGGCCACAGUCAACGAAAGCUGGGUCGAGACCGCUUACGCGCCCAUGCUGGGCCAGUCUGGCGAGACGCUCCUGCAUGAGACUGCUCAUCCUGAGCCCGUCACGCUUCCGCGGCUGUUUCCCAACGCAACACGAAUCCGAUGCAUCGGAGGGCUUGGGCCGCAGCCCAUGAACGGCAUUGCGCGCGGCUUGGGUAAUGCGGUUCGUCGCCAGGCGCUCUCAAUUGAAGAUGCGGUCGGGUUUCUGCACGAGAUAGUCACCAACCCGCCUACUACUGCGGGCUGGGGCCAAGCCUUCACCGCAGUGACGCAGCAGUUCCGAGGCGGCGACAUCACUGUCAAGGAACUGUUCGCGCUAGCUGGUCACGCAACGCAGGCCCUUGAUCCGUGGCGAUACGCAGUUAUGGGCAUGAUGGAGCAAAUCUGGAGCGGCGAAUGCACAACUGGCGAAGUUCUCGGAUUCCUCAUAUCGACGGCACGCGGGCAGACGUACGAGAAUCAUAGCGGGUUGCUCGUGCGGGCGGUGGGCACCAAGAACGGGCAUCCGGCCGUGGCAAUCAAGCGCACACCCAAGUCGGGCAAGGACAACGUCCUUACGAAGAACAUGGGUACGAUGACGGGAACGGCAUGCGCAGCGUUCGCGGUCAUGGCGCUUGAAUCUGCAGGGCAGAGGAGCGGUGUGUUUUGUCCAGAAGACUGGGCCGAGCCGGCGGCUUUCUACAAGGCUCUGGAGAAGGUCGGUGCGCCGAGGGACGAGAUUAUCGAGUCUUUGUAA